UAAAAUCGUUAGUAUCAUGGAUUGGCUUGAAUGAAAGAGUAACUGGUAGGCCUAUAUAAUGUUGAUCUGUAUAUACGUGAAUAGCUAGAUACAGAUAAAGAAAUAUGCUUGCCUUCCAAUAAUCAGUUACUAAAAUGAUGGUAAUAUUAAUCUGGCGGAGUUGAACAUAUAUAAAUGGCAAAGUACUUCUCCAAGAGAUGGGGUACUCUCGCAGGAGGCUUCUUGAUACAAAUGGCAACAUGUAUUCCUUUUUUAUUUGGCAAUUUAUCAACUUAUUUUAUAUCUCUUAUGCAUCGAUCUGGAUUUUUUGACGUUUCUCAAAUCGGUGAUGAUACAUGGAUACUGGGAUUAUUUAAUGGCAUCCUGUUUAUUGCUAUGCUUAUUACUGAGUUAAUUGUUGGUCGGGUUGGUUAUAGAAUUACUUUGGUAACAGCAAACGUAAUUUUCUCGUGUGGAUGUCUGUUUACAUAUUUUACAAUACAACAUUCUAUAUGGAUGACGUCACUAACCUUUGGUCUUAUCUGUGGAUUUGGUGCUGGUAUUUCAAUUGUAACAACUCUAGACUUAGCCUCAAGGUGGUUCCCUUCCUGUGUGACUACUGUGUGUGGUGUAUUAAUAGCAGGAUUUAGUUUUGGUGGUUUGGUGUGGAACUGGAUGUUAUCACAUUUUGUUAAUCCAGAUAAUCUUACACCUAAUCAACAUCUGGGUUAUAUACGAGUUUUUAACCAAACUGAGAUAUUAGAUAGAGUGCCCAAAAUGUUUUUAUUGCUAGGAACAUUAACAUCAGUAUUACAGUUUAUAGGUAUCGCUCUAGCAUUUACACCACCAUCUGUUAAUUAUGAAGAUAUAAAUCUACACGAGUUAAACAAUGAUAGCACUGGUGCUCCCCAAGAAACUCAAAAGUCCCUCUCCUCAAUGGAACAAAGUAAGGAUGGUAGAUGCGAGUAUACGCCACUACAAGUAUUGAAAGACCCAGGAGCUUAUAUUCAAUGGAUUACAGUAUUUACAACUCUUGUAUGUCUGCUUGGCGUACAAGUUUCAUACAAGAGUUUCGGUCAGACUUUUAUUCGAAAUGAUCAUUUUAUAGCUUAUAUAGGAGGUACUGCAGCUAUGGUGUCAUCUAUAUACAAGAUAGUAAUAGCAAUUCUAGCAGAUAAUAUUAGCAUUAAGCUACUGCACAUCGUAGCCUUAUUGAUUGGUUGUAUAUUUAUAACAACCCUUCAUCAAACAAUGGAUAUGGGAGAUGGAUGGUUCUUUCUAUGGAUAGUUAUAUUAGAAAGUACCUUAUCAACGCCAUUAGUAUUUGCGCCUAGUAUUGUACAGUAUACGUAUGGCACUACCCAUUUCAAAUCAAACUUUUCACUCAUUUGGUCUGCUGCAUCUUUGUCGGGCUUAGGUGGUCCCAUAUUGUUAGGCGGAGUUUUGAAGUCAAUGGGAUGGACCACUAUGUAUUACAUUUUGAGCGGAGUGUGCGGCAUAGGGUUCCUUGCUUCCAUUUUCACCAGAAUUCCAUUAUUUAUUAAAAAGCCAUCAUCACCUGCUCCAACUGCAGAACUAUCUACAACAGAACUAUCUACACCUGAAACAAACCCCAAUACACCUGGACAAAUAUCUGCCACUGGUUCACCGGAAUAAGUCGCAAAUAACCUAUAGUGUAAAUUAACUCCAAUUAAUGCUGUUUGUGCUGUUUUACAUUUUUACAUGCUGCAGGUUUUUCUCAGUUCCAUAGAAUGAGUUUGUCUUUGUUUGGGGUUGGGGUUCGGACUUUAUUUUUGUCAUUUGCUGAUUUUGUGUGUGGUUUGUUUUUUUUUUAGAAAGGACGGCGUAUUUGGGGGGGGGGGGGGGUAAUGAUCGUGGAUCUGUGUAUUGUAUAUGGGAUAGCAUAUUAUUAUUAUUAUUUAUUUUUUGCGUGGAAUGUUGACGGUUCAGAGGGGCGGGUACUUAUCUUCCUUGUUGGGUUGUUGUACACAUUUAUUUAAUUAUUAAUGUUUACUAUUUAUGCGUGUAUAUAUACUAUUCAAAAAAAGUAGGGGAUAUUUGAUUUUUAAGUGUUAUUAAAGUCACCUAAUGAAACUGACGAAGAAACAAAUGACAAAAUGAAAUGAAGUUCACAUUCAUCGAUUUAUUCCAAAUGAUCGUUAGACUAAGUAAGGCACAGACUGACCAUUAUAAGGGUAAAAUGAUACCCGGGGUCAAACAGCAAAGUUACCACAGCAUCACAACCAAGUCAGUAACGGGUAAAUCCUCCUCUGUUUGCCAAACAAGCAUUGAUCCGACGUGGCAUACUCCUAAUGAGACGUCUAAGGUCAUUUUGGUCCAGAUUGUCCCAUUCCUGUUGCAACGCAGCAGCAAGUUCUUGGACAUUGGCAGGACGUUGUUGACGUUGACGUAACCUCUGUCCAAGCAUGUCCCAGACAUGCUCGAUGGGGGAGAGGUCGGGACUCAGUGCUGGCUAAGGUAAUGUGGUGAUGUUCUGUUGUUGGAGGUAACCUGUAACGAUCCUGGCCCUGUGACAUCUUGCGUUGUCAUCCUGGAAGAUGAAACGGCGGCCAUGACGUCGUGCGAACGGCACAACAUGGACUGCCAAGAUGUUGUCCCGGUAGUACUGGCCUGUAACACGCCCUGCAACAACAUGUAAAGCCGUUCUUCCAGCAACAGUGAUGCCUCCCCACACCAUAACAGAACCACCCCCAAAUCGAUCAUGUCUGAUGACGUUAACGUCUUGGAAGCGCUCGUUUCGACGACGCCAAACCCUCCUACGUCUGUACAAAAAAUCAACAGUGAACCUUGACUCAUCUGAAAACAUCACAUUGCUCCAGCGUCGAUUAUCCCAGUGUUGACGAUCCCUACACCAACGACGUCUUGCCUGAAUGUGAUGAUCUCUCAAACAAGGGAUCACGCGAGGACGUCGGGCGCGAAGGUGACCCCUUUGCAGUCGAUUCCGAAUCGUCUGGCCACUCACUCUCACACCAGUGUCUGUUUGAAGACGAGCGCUGAUCUGAUUUGCUGUGAUGACACGAUUUCUCAAGGCCAAGGUACGGAUAAAUCGAUCCUGGGCUUGAGUUGUCGCCCUUGGUCGACCUGAGCGUGGUCUGUCCUGUACAGAUUGUGUAUCACGGUAUCUGGACCAUAGCCUGCUUAUGACAGACUGAGAAACAUUCAUCGUCCGCACCACAACCGCCUGUGUUGUGCCGAUCUGUAGCAUGCCAAGGGCACGUAACCUUUCAUUUUGGGUAAGCCGACGCAUAUCAAAAUUUGUUUUCUGGUCACUAAAACAAUUAAACUGAUGUUUCCACCCUGGAAUUCAAUGCCACAAUGACUGUAACAUUCAAAGUCAGAGUCGUGCAAAUCUUGGGUUGGACCCCCUUGAUGAUCCCAAGCAUCACCUGCAUUCCAUGCGGUAGCUAUUGGUGCGUUUGGGCGUCACAUGUAACUGGAAAUGUUUCUUCUGUUAGGUUCUAUAGUGACUUUUUUCGUAGUCAUUUGCAUAUUUUAGUAUUAUGCCCCCAAAAUCAAAUAUCCCCUACUUUUUUUGAAUAGUAUAUUUAAAUAUGUUCAAUUCAUUUUCUUCCACUUUUUAAUAAAGUUCAAAUUGUUUGAAAAAAAAACAGUUCAUGGUCAACUCUCGUCGAACUAGACAGCGUAUAUUAACAUACGUUCAAAUAUUGACUGCCAUUUUUCAUUAAAGUUGAUGGUUCACAGCUAUAACGAUGGGUGGCUACUAGAAUCAAAUUUUCUAUGCGCGUCCAUUCUAAUAUAGUUAAACUUAAAUAUAAGUUACCAGACAAAGAAACGUGCAUACACAACAGCUAAGUCGUCCAUGCUACUACAAGCAUUAAUUUGUCAAUCUUUAUACGUAAAUAUAUACCGAAUAAUUUGAUUUGUAUUAAUAAUUCAUUGAUACCCUGCAAAGGGACAUGGGUGAAAGCCAUUUAAUCUACAUUAUAUAUCAAGGAACCAAUGAGAUGUGGAGCAGAGGUGAUGGCAUCUGCUACACUAAAAUCUACUUUAUCGACAUCCCGGUAUUUUGUUUCAUUCGAGUAACCAAUUAUAGCUUGACCAGGCAUAAAUAAAGGUCUUUUAAACAUUG